GCUAGGGAUUUUUUUUCUAAUAAGCGGGCUCAUAGGUUGCUAAAAUCGCUAAUGAAGCGAGUUUGUUGCGGGAAUUAUCUCAAUUGAAAGUGUAAAAAAAGACUACCUAAAGAACCUCACGUAAAAUUAAAAUUAUAAAAGGGCAAUCUGUUGUUGCAGUUUAUUCCAUCAAAAAGAUGUGAUGAAAAGACCAUGAGCGGACUUACAAAUGAAUGAGAAGCAAAGGUGUAGACGUCAUCGAAAUUGCCGCGUACGCACGCGUGCAGUGACCGACAAUUAACCAGACAAGCACGACCACAGACUUGCUACCUAUCCACACCCAACGAUUUCACAACAUGAGUCUUAAACCAGGAGAAGUUAAUUUGGGAACAUCCAUCAUGGCGGUUGCAUUCAACGGUGGAGUUAUAGUUGGCGCUGAUUCUCGCACAACCACCGGCUCGUACAUUGCAAACCGAGUCACCGACAAAUUAACAAAAGUGCACGAUCUGAUUUAUUGCUGUCGGUCCGGAUCAGCAGCAGAUACUCAAGCCGUUGCUGAUAUCGUCCAGUAUUACUUACAAAUGUACAGCGUACAACAAGAUGAACCACCGACGGUACAUGUUGCUGCUACGUUGUUCCAAGAGAUGUGCUACCAGAACAAGGACCAAUUGUCCGCUGGUAUCAUUGUUGCAGGCUGGGAUAAGAAGAAGGGAGGAACGGUUUACAAUAUACCAUUGGGUGGUGCACUCAUUCAACAGCCAUUUGCCAUUGGCGGUUCAGGUUCAACAUACAUCUACGGUUACUGUGAUUCUCAAUACAAGGAUAACAUGACUCGGGAGGAGUGCAUUGAGUUUGUUAAGAACUCGCUUGCACUUGCUAUGUCUCGCGACGGUUCUUCGGGUGGUGUUAUUCGUAUGGCUGUUAUCACCGAGAAAGGUGUAGAAAGGCUCUUUGUGCCUGGUGAUAAACUUCCCGUUCACUGGCAAGGCUAAAUAUGUGCACAAUUCCUUGUACUUGAAAACCGUUCUUGUUAGCGAUAUAUAAAUAAAAACCUGACCCAAAAAACACACAAUGCCAUUACAAAACAACAAUAA